AUGUCUGUAUUGAAAAGAGCCAAAACAUGGGAGAUAUCAGAAUCUGAGGGCGAAAGCGAUGCUGAACAUAAACCUUCAAUCAAAUGCAUUUCAUUUAUUGAUCAGGAUGACGAUAACAAUGAAACAGCGACGGCCAAUAGUCGUACUGACAAUCUCGAACAGGACAACAAAGACUACAACACAGAUUGCAAGUCAACAGCCAAAACCGAACCAAGUGACACAUUGGUGGCUCCACGACCCGCUAGGUCCGGUACCGCAAGUCCGGCGAGAAAACGCCGAACCAAAGAGGAGAUAGAGGCUGACAGACAGAGUAUUGAGGAGAGGAAGGAGGCCAGAGAGAAACUCAAGAGGGUGAGGGCCAAAGAGAAAGAGGAGAGACGAGAAGAUCAACAGAAGAGAAAAGAAGCUGCAGAGCGUCUGAAGAGCCUCAGACCUGAGAACUGUUUGAAGUGCCUGACUGUCUGUAUUGAUCCAGGUAAUUGGUUCUUUGUGAAUGUAGAUGGAAGGGGUUCAGAUGGUGUUAAAGCAGAGGAGGCUGGUGGGUGGGGCUAUAGGAGGACAGGCUCAUUGUAAUGGCUGGAAUUGAAUGAAUGGAAUUGAGUCAAACAUUACGUUUCCAUAUGAUUGAUCUGUUUGAUACCGAUCCAUUUAUAUAAUUCCAGCCAUUACAAUGAGCCUGUCCUCCUAUAGCUCCUCCCACCAGCCUAUUCUGUGUUAAAGGCACACUGUAAAUAAGACGUGACGAGGGCCACCAACACAACUGUAAAGAAUGGCGAAAAUUAAAUGCAUACCAUUAUGUGCGUAUUAUCUCGCUGUGUGUGUAUUUCCACUCCCCAGCUCUACUGCAGGAUGAUGGAUCGGAUGUGUUGCUGGGAACUCUGUCUGCAGUUGAGUGGAGGAGCAGCAUUGAGACACAGCAGCUCCCUCACAGCAUCACUUGGACCAGAGAUCUUCCGCCGGUAACGUCAUCAUCACAGACAAUACCAGCUCCACAACACAGGCUUGGUGUGUUGGUCCCCACUGUAUGACCCCCUCGGCCCUCAGAUUGACUAGUUAAUGUCUUGAUGUUGUCAGGAGGAAGACAGCAGUGGACCACUGGAGGAGGAGCAGGUUCUGCUGGUGUUAGGUCUAACUGACUUCAUGGGCAUGGUGGUCUCAGUCAAACAGGUGAGCGCCCUUUAAACCUCAACAAAUUCUCUGGUGUCUCUACCAUUUAUAUUUACAUUUUAGUCAUUUAGCAGACGCUCUUAUCCAGAGCGACUUACAGUUAGUGCAUACUAUUUUUCAUACUGGCCCCCCGUGGGAAUCGAACCCACAACCCUGGCGUUGCAAACGCCAUGCUCUACCAACUGAGCUACAUCCCUGCCGGCCAUUCCCUCCCCUACCCUGGACGACGCUGGGCCAAUUGUGCGCCGCCCCAUGGGUCUCCCGGUCGCGGCCGGCUACGACAGAGCCUGGAUACGAACCAGGAUCUCUAGUGGCACAGCUAGCACUGCGAUGCAGUGCCUUAGACCACUGCGCCACUCGGGAGUAACUACCAGUGUGUGCAAACCAAACAUUAAUUUUUUCUGUUCACCUAGACACUGCAUGGUGAUGGGGAGGAAUCGGCAGUGGAGUCUUUCUUCAAGCUUCUGUCAGAGUGCCUCAACCGAGAUGCCAAGAUGGUGGUUACUGUUUUAGUGACGGGAUCCAACGCAAAUAGCUGGUUAGUAUAAGGUCUGUUUUAAGAAUGUGUCUCUGAACCUUGGUCCUCAACACCCUGUGUGUGAAGAGACUGGAUUGUAUGUGUUGGUCUGUCACCAGGACUGGGACAUGGGAUGUACAUGAGUUGAGCCAAAGAUCUCAGUUGGGAAUGGAGGACUUGGACAUUGAGGAGGUAAGAUCUCUUUCUGAUAUACUAUACAAUCCCUCUCUUCUCUCCUCAAUACAUAUGUCUGUAUCAGCUGGUUUUUCCAUUUCCAAUGUAGUGCAAAAAUGAACCAUUCAAGCUGCUUUUUGAACUAAGCUCCUCGCUCAGUUCCUACCCAUCGUGUCAUGGAGCUUGAUGGUUUUCCUAACUUGUCUUUAUCUGUCCUCAGGUAUUGGUUUUCCUGCAGCUGUACCGGAACGUUACUGUGGUCUUCCUGGACAGCUGGCAGGAUGUCACAGUCCACGUGUGUGCCGUCACCAAGGCCCUGUCCAAACGGCCCUACAAGUAUGAACCCGAUGAACUCUUAAUAUUCCACAUCAUUAAUAACUAUUCAACUUAUUAAUCUUAUCAGUUGGAAUUAAUGUACUGCCUACAUUGGUGCCAUGCCAUGAGGACAGGCUUUGAGUACCACUAACUUACAGUGCCUUGCAAAAGUAUUCAUCCCCCUUGGCGUUUUUCCUAUUUUGUUGCAUUACAACCUGUAAUAUUAAAUGGAUUUUUAUUUGGAUUUCAUGUAAUGGACAUACACCAAAUUGUCCAAAUAACUUGUUAAAAAAUAUUUUUUUUAAAUAACGCAAAAGUGGUGCGUGCAUAUGUAUUCACCCCCUUUGCUAUGAAGCCCCUAAAUAAGAUCUGGUGCAACCAAUUACCUUCAGAAGUCUUCAAAAUAAUUAGUUAAAUUGAACACAGGUGGACUUUAUUUAAGUGUCACAUGAUCUGUCACAUGAUCUCAGUAUAUAUACACCUGUUCUGAAUGGCCCCAGAGUCUGUAACACCACUAAGCAAGGGGCACCACCAAGCAAGUGGCACCAUGAAGACCAAGGAGCUCUCCAAACAGGUCAGGGACAAAGUUGUGGAGAAGUACAGAUCAGGCUUGGGUUAUAAAAAAAUAUCAGAAACUUUGAACAUCCCACGGAGCACCAUUAAAUCCAUUAUAAAUUUUUUAAAAUAAUAUGGCACCACAACAAACCUGCCAAGAGAGGGCCGCCCACCAAAACUCACAGACCAGGAAAGGAGGGCAUUAAUCAGAGAUGCAACAAAGAGACCAAAGAUAACCCUGAAGGAGCUGCAAAGCUCCACAGCGGAGAUUGGAGUAUCUGUCCAUAGGACCACUUUAAGCCGUACACUCCACAGAGCUGGGCUUUAAGGAAGAGUGGCCAGAAAAAAGACAUUGCUUAAUGAAAAAAAUAAGCAAACACGUUUGGUGAUCACCAAAAGGCAUGUGGGAGACUCCCCAAACAUAUGGAAGAAGGUACUCUGGUCAAAUGAGACUAAAAUUGAGCUUUUAGGCCAUCAAGGAAAACGCAAUGUCUGGUGCAAACCCAACACCUCUCAUCACCCCGAGAACACCAUCCCCACAGUGAAGCAUGGUGGUGGCAGCAUCAUGCUGUGGGGAUGUUUUUCAUCGGCAGGGACUGGGAAACUGGUCAGAAUUGAAGGAAUGGUGGAUGGAGCUAAAUACAGGGAAAUUCUUGAGAGAAACCUGUUUCAGUCUUCCAGAGAUUUGAGACUGGGAUGGAGGUUCACCUUCCAGCAGGACAAUGACCCUAAGCAUACUGCUAAAGCAACACUCGAGUGGUUUAAGGGGAACAUUUAAAUGUCUUGGAAUGGCCUAGUCAAAGCCCAGACCUCAAUCCAAUUGAGAAUCUGUGGUAUGACUUAAAGAUUGCUGUACACCAGCGGAACCCAUCCAACUUGAAGGAGCUGGAGCAGUUUUGCCUUGAAGAAUGGGCAAAAAUCCCAGUGGCUAGAUGUGCCAAGCUUAUAGAGACAUACCCCAAGAGACUUGCAGCUGUAAUUUCUGUUUUUUUGGUCUUAUUUCUUGUUUGUUUCACAAAAUAAAAUAUUUAGCAUCUGCAAAGUGGUAGGCAUGUUGUGUAAAUCAAAUGAUACAAACCCCCCAAAAAUCCAUUUAAAUUCCAGGUUGUAAGGCAACAAAACAGGAAAAAUGCCAAGGGGGGUGAAUACUUUCGCAAGCCACUGUACUUUCUUUACUGUGAUUCCCACUGGCUAUCAUAAGGUGAAUGCACCAAUUUGUAAGUCGCUCUGGAUAAGAGCGUCUGCUAAAUGACGUAAAUGUAAAUUAAACUCUAUAACUAUAAGUCUGGUCACCAACUUUUGUGCUGGAGCCUGUGGGAAACUACAAAGCAUGCAGGCUUUUGCUCCUGCCCAGCAGUACCAAACCUGAGAUACCAAUCGACUUCAUGAUUAGAUUCUAAUGUGUGUUUGAGCUAGGCUGAAACUUAAUUCUGCAAACCCUGUAACUGUCCAGGGUUGACAAGGCUUGGUGAGCAGUCAAUUGCUGUAGAGUACAAUCUAUAAACUGUGGUCGUGCCUCUCCACUCCACUGCAGACUGCUGACGGAGCGGUGUGAGCUGCCGUUCUGUGUGGAUGGCUCAUGGGCCAGUGGGGCGCGUGUGGAACAGGACGGGGUUGGGCUGGGCGAGGUGUGGAGCAGGCAGAUCACACAGCUCAACAGGGUCAGCCCUGCAGUGGCCUCCACUUUGACCACAGCCUACCCCUCACCACAAAUACUACUGCAGGUAGCAAUCUAUCUACGUAUCGUCUGUUUAGUCAGGAUCAUUAUGAGAUACAAUAAGACAUUGUAAGGUCUCAAAUGCUUUUCUUUAUGUGGUCAGGCGGAAAUGUGUUUGACCUAUGACAUUUCCACAUUAUAGACUGACAUGAUUUCAACAAACGGCAUUGAUUGACAUACUUUUAUACUGUAGGUACAGUUGAAGUCGGAAGUUUACAUACACUUAGGUUGGAGUCAUUAAAACUUGUUUUUCAACCACUCCACACAUUUCUUGUUAAUAAACUUUAGUUUUGGCAUGUCGGUUAGGACAUCUACUUUGUGCAUGACACAAGUAAUUUUUCCAACAAUUGUUUACAGACAGAUUAUUUCACCUAUAUUUCACUGUAUCACAAUUCCAGUGGGUGAGAAGUUUACAUACACUAAGUUGACUGUGCCUUUUAAAAAGCUUGGAAAAUUCCAGAAAAUGAUGUCAUGGCUUUAGAAGCUUCUGAUAGACUAAAUGACAUAAUUUGAGUCAGUUGGAGGUGUACCUGUGGAUGUAUUUCAAGGCCUACCUUCAAACUCAGUGCCUCUUUGCUUGACAUCAUGGAAAAAUCUAAAGAAAUCAGCCAAGACCUCAGAAAAAAAAUUGGGAGCAAUUUCCAAACACCCGAAGGUACCACGUUCAUCUGUACAAACAAUAGUACGCAAGUAUAAACAUCAUGGGACCACGCAGCCGUCAUAACGCUCAGGAAGGAGACGCGUUCUGUCUCCUAGAGCAGAGCAUACUUUGGUGCGAAAAGUGCAAAUCAAUCCCAGAACAACAGCAAAGGAUCUUGUGAAGAUGCUGGAGGAAACAGGUACGAAAGUAUCUAUAUCCACAGUAAAACUAGUCCUAUAUCGACAUAACCUGAAAGGCCGCUCAGCAAGGAAGAAGCCACUGCUCCAAAACCGCCAUAAAAAAGCCAGACUACGGUUUGCAACUGCACAUGGGGACAAAGAUCGUACUUUUUGGAGAAAUGUCCUCUGGUCUGAUGAAACAAAAAUAGAACUGUUUGGCCAUAAUGACCAUCGUUAUGUUUGGAGGAAAAAGGGGGAAGCUUGCAAGCCGAAGAACACCAUCCCAGCCGUGAAGCACGUGGGUGGCAGCGUCAUGCUGUGGGGGUGCUUUGCUGCAGGAGGGACUGGUGCACAUCACAAAAUAGAUGGCAUCAUGAGGAAGGAAAAUUAUGUGGAUAUAUUGAAGCAACAUCUCAAGACAUCAGUCAGGAAGUUAAAGCUUGGUCGCAAAUGGGUCUUCCAAAUGGACAAUGACCCCAAGCAUCCUUCCAAAGUUGUGGCAGAAUGGCUUAAGGACAACAAAGUCAAGGUAUUGAAGUGGCCAUCACAAAGCCCUGACCUCAAUCCUAUAGAAAAUUUGUGGGCAGAACUGAAAAAGCAUGUGCGAGCAAGGAGGCCUACAAACCUGACUCAGUUACACCAGCUCUGUCAGGAGGAAUGGCCCAAAUUCACCCAAUUUAUUGUGGGAAGCUUGUGGAAGGCUACCCAAAAUGUUUGACCCAAGUUAAACAAUUUAAAGGCAAUGCUACCAAAUACGAAUUGAGUGUAUGUAAACUUCUGACCCACUGGGAAUGUGAUGAAAGAAAUAAAAGCUGAAAUAAAUCAUUCUCUCUACUAUUAUUCUGACAUUUCACAUUCUGAAAAUAAAGUGGUGAUCCUAACUGACCUAAGACAGGGAAUUCUUACUAGGAUGAAAUGUCAGGAAUUGUGAAAAACUGAGUUUAAAUGCAUUUGGCUAAGGUGUAUGUAAACUUCCGACUUCAACUGUAUUUGAUCUAUAUUUGACACAGGUCUGACUUGGAUGUGGCUAGUGUUUUACUUGUUUAAUGUUUUUCCUUCAGGCCUACAGUAGCUUAGAGUCUGAGGAAGAGAAGAGGGGGCUGCUGGCAGGCCUACUAGUGAAGACUGGAGGGAAGGAGAGACGCAUCGGACCUGAAAUCUCAGCCAGAGUCUACCGUUCCCUCACAGCUCAAAACCCCCAGCUGGUCCUGGACUAA